CAAUUUUGCUGCAGGCUGCACGACUCUGAAGCAGUCUGCCAGGCAUGGAAGGAGCUGUGAGAGAUCCUCGGCUCACUGCUCCGUGUCUCUGGACGGCUUGCCUUCAGAAAUCUUGCUGAAGAUACUGUCCUACCUGGAUGCUAUGACCCUGCUGUGCACUGGGUGUGUGAACAGGCGCUUUUAUCAUCUGGCCAAUGACAAUUUUAUUUGGAUCAGAAUCUACUCAACUGCUUUUUCGCCUAAAAGGUCUAAUUGGAAAGUUAAUUCAGUAGAGAAAACAGCUGAGCCUGUGAACUUGCUGUCGGUUGAGGAUAAAGAAGCUGGAUAUUGGAAGAAAGAAUAUGUCACAAAGCAGAUCGCCUCUGUAAAGGCAGCCCUCGCUCAGGUUCUCAAACCUGUCGACCCUUACACAGGCCUUCCAGUGAAGACCAAAGAGGCCCUCAGAAUAUCUGGUCUAGGUUGGGUAAUUAUAUUGAAAGAAAAAGGUGGAAAAGAAUACAUCAUGGAGCAUGUCGAUCUCUCCAUAAACGAUUCAUCAGUUACGAUCGUGUGGUAUGGCAAAAACUGGCCACGGCUCGCCACAUUGUCAACCUUAGAUUUGUGUGGUGUGACACCAGUUUUUAUUGACCGGUCCAAAACCCCCACCAAAAACAGACCUAGAUGGCAUUCUCUAAUUGCCAAGUACAGCCUCAGGGAUCUGCCCGGCUCCACCGUGAUGGGCUGUGACGGGAUCAUUCGGCUUUUCCGCCUAAACCCGGGCCUCCUGGUGGGGCUGUGGAAGAGGGAGGAAGAACUGGCUUUUGUCAUGGCAACUCUUCAUUUCCAUCACCUUGUGGAGAGGAGCACGUUGGGCUCAGCCACUGUUCCCUCUGAGCUGCCUGCUCAUACUCCCCUUCUGGAUGACAGCCCAGAGCGCGGCCUGCAUGGCUUCCAGCUCCAUGUCGACAUGCACAGUGGCGGGACUUCCUACCUGUGUAGCACAUUUCACAAUCUCUUUACCAAGAAAGGAUGUAUUGAAAAUGGAUACGUGAAACUCAUUGUGAUAAGGUUUAAAAAUAACACAGAACACCUACCUCUUAUUGGAAAAGUUGGCUUCACCUGGAGGACUGAUAUUUUUGACGGCUAUAUAAAGAGUUGUUCUAUAAUGGACAUAACUCUUUUGGAUGAAUAUGGGAAACCCUUUUGGUGUUUCAGUUCCCCGGUUUCCAUGAGCUCUUCUCCCAGCCCCUCUGACGGUCCUAAUUUCUUGGGACAGACAUACCGUGUUGACUACAUGGACUCGACAGGACAAGUGCACAUGGAGCUGGUGUGGAUCGAAGAGACAGAAGAAUACUUCAUUGUCAGCCUGGUCCUCUACCUCAGUACAGCAAAAAUAAACCACUGGUUUGGGACUCAAUACUAAAUGUUAGCAGUAGGUGGAAAAUUACUAUUGCCAUUUAUUUAUUUUGGACUAACCAGUUUUGUUCUUGGUGUUGGAAGUUAAAAUAAAGCAGUCGUCUGUCUGUUGCCUUAUUUCA